AUGGGGUCAAGUCGAGAUAAUGGCAAAAGAAAGGUAGAUUUUGAUGCUAGAGAGGCUUUGGUUGAGGAGAAUGUGCAUAAGGAGCAGCAGAACUUCAACAUAAUUGGCAGUUCUGAGGAACCAAAUAUCCCUAAGUCAGCCAUGAUGGAAGUGGAAAACACAAUAAUUGGGGACAAGAACAUAGAUGACAUGGUGGAGUUGCAGAAGGAUGGUGGGCAACAGGCUAUUGGGGAACCUCUAAGGAAACUCCAUACUGCAACAUGGAAGGGAAGGGCAACAGUGGACAGAAGUCUUCACAGAAUGGAGGAGCCAGCCCUGGAGGAGAGCAGUGUAUUAAGUGGUGGAGGUAGUGCCCCGGCCCCACAAGCGUCCGCUGAGAUGUGGAUCGACAUGGUUAACGAUUUUCAGAAGGGUUCAUUAUCUACACCUCACAAGAUACCAAUGUUGUAUGGGAUUGAUGCCAUCCAUGGACACAACAAUGUCUAUAAAGCUACAAUUUUUCCUCAUAACAUUGGUCUUGGAGCUACUAGAGAUCCUCAACUGGUGAAAAGAAUAGGUAGUGCGACGGCUCUUGAAGUCAGAGCUACAGGCAUUCAAUAUGCUUUUGCGCCUUGCAUUGCGGUUUGUAGAGAUCCAAGAUGGGGCCGUUGUUACGAAAGCUACAGCGAGGAUCCGAAGUUGGUUGAAGCCAUGACAGAACUCAUACCCGGAUUGCAAGGCGAUAUACCUUCGAACUCUCCCAAAGGUGUCCCUUUUGUUGAUGGCCAGCGAAAGGUUUUGGCAUCAGCCAAACACUAUGUGGGGGACGGUGGGACCACAAAGGGCAUAAACGAGAACAACACGAUUGUGAGCUGGAGCGAGCUGGAGAGUAUCCACAUGCCACCCUACUUGGACGCCAUCAGCAAGGGCGUGGGGACGGUCAUGAUAUCCCUCUCCAGCUUGAAUGGCGUUAAAAUGCAUGCCAAUCGUCUACUCAUAACCGACUAUCUCAAGAACAAGUUGAAAUUCAAGGGAUUCGUCAUUUCAGACUGGCAGGGAAUAGACAAAAUCACUUCUCCCCCUGAUUCGAACUAUACGUACUCGAUUCUUGCUGGUAUCAAUGCUGGCAUUGACAUGAUUAUGGUUCCAUACAACUACGAAGAUUUCAUUGACGGCCUAAUCUCAUUAGUAAAUAAAAACUUUAUUCCCAUCAGCCGAAUAAACGAUGCAGUAACAAGGAUUCUGACAGUCAAAUUCACGAUGGGUCUUUUUGAGAAUCCAUUGGCCGACUACAGCAUGGCCAAGUACCUCGGGUGUCAAGAACACAGGGAACUGGCAAGGGAAGCAGUAAGAAAAUCGCUCGUGCUGUUAAAGAACGGUAAAUCUACCAGUAAACCAUUGUUACCGCUUCCUAAAAAAGCAUCAAAGAUUCUUGUGGCUGGGACCCAUGCUGACGAUAUUGGCUACCAAUGUGGCGGCUGGACUAUACAGUGGCAAGGAGAGGAAGGCAAUAUUACAGCCGGUACCACGAUCCUGACCGCCAUUAAGAACACGGUCGAUCAGGGCACGGAAGUCGUUUUCCAAAAGAACCCGAAUUCCAAAACUCUGAAACAUAACAGCUUUGAGUAUGCAAUUGUCGUGGUGGGGGAGCCGCCUUACGCGGAAACAAUGGGAGACAGCAUGAACCUGACCCUGCCUGAGGCGGGAACCACCGUAAUAAACAACGUGUGCGCCUCGAUAAAAUGCGUGGUGGUCUUGAUCACGGGCCGCCCGGUCGUGAUUGAGCCUUACCUGCGUCAAAUGGAUGCCCUGGUGGCGGCUUGGCUUCCGGGGUCCGAAGGACAAGGCGUGGCCGAUGUUCUGUUCGGAGCCUAUGGAUUUACUGGGAAAUCGCCGCGCACGUGGUUCAAGACGGUCGACCAGCUGCCGAUGAAUGUGGGAGAUAAAAAGUAUGACCCAUUGUUCGCGUAUGGGUAUGGACUCACCACCGAGCCUGUGAAAUGCAACUAA